CGCCGGGCGGGAGGACGGCGCUCGGACCCGCGCCCGGGCCCUGCAGGUUCCUCACACCCCAGACCACAGGCUCGUCAGCGAUGAAUUGGAACGCGAAGCCUGGGAGCACCUCCCUGCCGCCGCCCGAGUACCCACGGAAGCGAUCCCCGUUCCUGGAGCAGCCCUUCAGAAGCCCCCUGGGCAGCACCCCUCAGAGCUCUCUGGCCUACCCUGGACAGAGCCCGGACGCCUGCGCCUUCCUGGGCAGCUCGGACCUGGCCGCACAGCCGCAGCUCGGGCACCCGCAGGCCCAGCUGAGAAAUUACGGUGCCACAAGCAUGCAGAGCGGGGCGAUGGUGAUGUCGCAGACCUCGGUGGAAAGGGUCACUUACGCCAGCAUCAAAGGGCCCAAAGCCCUGGACCACAGUGUGUCCCCCGGGGCGUGGCUGAGCCCAGCCCUGAGGAACUCUGCGCUGCAGCACCCGGCGCCCAGUGCCAUGCCACAGAGCAGCUUUGGGAUGAAGGCGCCUGCCAUGGCCCAGGUGCUGCAGAGUCCGUUUGUCACGUCCGACACCUACUCGAUGCAGCUGCAGAUGGUCCCUGUGAGCUCAUCGCGCGCCCCUGUAUCAUUCCAGGGCAGCUCGAGGCUGAGCCCCGCGGCUCUGCAGGAUUUCCAGGGCCACUGGACGCAGCAGCAGCAGCAGCAGCAGCAGCAGCAGCAGCACAUGUCCAGCGGGCCAGCCUGCCCGGAGUACAGGCCCCCGCCGCACACCUACCCUUUCUCCAGCUCGCUGUCGGAGCCUGCCGUGCAGAAGCCAGGCCCGGUGCUGGCCAGGAGCAGUGUUCCAGCUGCCGUCCUGGCCUUGCCGCCCCAGCAGGCAGCACCCGGGCAGCCGGACGCGAGAGUCGCCUCUUACAGCUGCAGCUAUGCAGGGCAGCCCCUGCCGAGUCCUCAGCACGUCUCCAAACACACAGCUGCAGAGCCGCCCCGGACCCAGGAGCCUCAUACACCCGACACCAGGAAGAAGUUUUGUGGCAGCUUCCGACCCGUGUUGCCGAAGCCAGCUGAAAACCUCAGCACACUUGGAAGUUUCUGCAACGUGAAGGUGAUGAACAGCAUCCCCAGCGAGCCUUUCCACGGGCCCCCGGGGGCCUCCAUGCCUGGAGAACCUUUCCACGGGUCCACGAGGACCUCCAUGCCUGGAGAACCUUUCCACGGCCCCCCGGGGACCUCCAUGCCCGGAGAACCUUUCCAUGGGCCCAUGAGGACCUCCAUGUCCGGAGAACCUUUCCACACCCCCCCGGGGACCUCCAUGCCCGGAGAACCUUUCCACGGGCACACAAGGACCUCUGUGUCCAGAGAACCUUUCCACGGGCCCACGAGGACCUCUGUGUCCGGAGAACCUUUCCACGGGCCUGUGAGGACCUCCGUGUCUGGAGAACCUUUCCACGGGCCCGCAAGGACCUCCGUGUCUGGAGAACCUUUCCACGAGCUCGCGAGGGCCUCUGUUCCCAUGCCCGGUGUGCAGACAGUUGUGCCACGUAGGCAGGAGAAGAGAGUGGCUCCCUGCACCCUCCCUCCAAAUUCAGCGCUGGACACGAAUGUCACAAAGGAAAAGCUCGUGAGAGAUAUCAAAACACUGGUAGAGAUAAAAAAUAAGUUUUCAGAACUUGCCAGGAAAAUCAAAAUCAAUAAGGAACUUUUGAUGGCGGCGGGCUGCAUUAAGACGCCGAAUGCUCCAUACAGUGACCCCGGCCCCAACCCUGAACUGGCACAGAAAGAAGGCGGCAAAGGCCACUCUGGGUCUCUGCUCAGCCUCCUCACCGCAGGCAGCACCGAGAACAAAGAGCUGGACGGGGUUGGGGGCAGGCCCCCGAGUCACAGAGCACUCGGCUCCGGCCUGCAUGGGCCUCUCAGCCCUGAGAUGCUGCCCAUGUCGGCCCAGGGCCAAGGCCAGCCAGCUCAGGCCCCCUCGCAGACUUCCGCUGUUGAGGGGGCCCCGGCGGCCGGAAGCAGCACCUCGUGUUCCGCGGGAAGUUUUGCCGGCAUCGAGCAGAAUGAAGCCGCAGACCUGGGAGCGCCCGCGACGUUUCCUCCACAGUCCCUGCGCGAGGCCGAGGACAAGUAUCUGCACAAACACCCCAUCAUCCUCCGCCUGCUCGAAGCCGGGGAACACACAGCGCAGGGGAAGCUCUGCAGAGGCGCGCAGGAGACCCUUCAGGAGUCCCAGCCGAUGGGGCCCGAAGCGAGAGCCGGAGCCCCAGAAGCCAAGGCCGCCGAGCACGCCCUCCCGCCAGACCUGCCGUCCCCGGCCAGCGGCGCGCACUCGCACAGCGACAGCCCCUGCUCCAUGGAGCUGCUGGCCACCUGCCUCUCUCUGUGGAGAAACGGCCCGGCGGAGCCUGCCAGGGCCGUGUCCCGGGAGCAGCCGGGCACCGGCCCCGCCGCCGCCCCUGCGCCCUACAGCAAGAGCGGGCUCACGGCGGGAGCUUCCGGGAGCAGGGCGGCCGCCAGCCCCCAGGACUCGGCCGCGCCGGGGGCCCCGCAGAACCUCGAGCUCCCCGGCAUGGCGGUGAGCAAGGGGUCGGAGCUGCAGAUCGCCGUGGUGACCCCGCUCGUCCUCUCCAGUGCCAAGCCCCCAGCCGUGAAAGGAGGCGCCCCCGAGAUGGUGUACCCCGUGAUCAAGGAGGGCAGCGUGUGCAGCCUGCAGAGCCGCCUGGCCGAGGGCGCGGGAAGCCCGGCUGCCCGGAAAGCCGGCGCGGACGGGCCGAAGCCCUGGGCUGCGGGGCGCCCUGAGGACGCCGCCCGGCAGGCCGAGCCCGGGGACGGGGACGGGGAGAGGGCGGGGGAGAACAGGCUGCAGAUCGGCAGCAUCUGCUCUCUGGUGGAGGGGGCCACGUCCUACAACCCCCAGAUCGCAGAGAUGUUCAGUGAGCCCCUGGGCCCGGUGCUGGCUGAGCACAGAGACAUGGGAGGUCGGAGCCAAGCUGCCGCGCAGGGGGUGGCACUUCCUGGCAGAACCGCUCAGUGGUCGACUGCUCCCCAGCCCUUGGGACCAGCCUCCCUGCGCCCCCCAGAGCCGGAACCAGCCUCCCAGAGCCCCCCAGAGCCGGAACCAGCCUCCCUGCGCCCCCCAGAGCCGGAACCAGCCUCCCAGAGUCCCCCAGAGCUGGAACCAGCCUCCCUGCGCCCCCCAGAGCCGGAACCAGCCUCCCUGCGCCCCCCAGAGCCGGAACCAGCCUCCCAGAGCCCCCCAGAACUGGAACCAGCCUCCCUGUGCCCCCCAGAGCCGGAACCAGCCUCCCAGAGUCCCCCAGAGUUGGAACCAGCUCCCCUGCACCCUCCAGAACCGGAACCAGCCUCCCUGCACCCCCCAGAACUGGAACCAGCCUCCCUGCGCUUCCCAGAGCCGGAACCAGCCUCCCUGCGCCCCCCGGAACCGGAACCAGCCUCCCUGCGCCCCCCAGAGCCAGAGCCAGUCCUGCCACGGCUUCCAGCACCAGCCUCCCCACGCCCCCCAGUACUGCCUCCUCUGGCCCCCCUGCAUCCUGGGGAUGGACACUGUGCGGCCAUGGAGGCCAGUGGACCUGGGUGUCGCAUGGAGCAAGCAGGCCAGACCUCUGACCUAGGCCCUGGGACGGCUGCUCAGGAUGGGUCCUGCGAGAAUGCCGAAAGGGCUCCCGGAGAGGAGCCGCCGGUGCUGUACCUCCAAGACCAGCUGUCGGAGCUUCUAAGAGAGUUUCCCUAUGGCGUAACGCCCAUGAGCACCUGCGAGGCACCGGCCUCCUGGCGCCUUCCCAGCCGCGGCCGGGAGCGUCCACGUUCCCUGAAGCCAGCCGAUGCGGCCACAGCCACCGAUGAUGGCCAGAUCAAGAUCACCGUCCUAAACCCCGAGCAGAUGAGGGCGCUGUUUCCCGAGCAGGACCUGCGGGAGCCGGACACCGACCCGGAGGCCCCAAGAGGGCAGCUUGUGUCUAAGGAGCGGAGACCCCCAGCUGGCGGCGAGGAGGGGGGCCGGCAGGGACCCCAGGCCCAGAUUACUGAGGAUGGGAGUAGGAGGGGCUCCCCAGUCCAGGUCAGUGAGGGGAGUCAGAGGGAGCCCCCUGCCCAUGUCAGCAAGGAAGGGGGUUGGGGGGACCCCCCAGCUCAGGCCAGUGAGGAGAGGGGCCAGCAGGGACCCCAGGCCCAGAUGAGUGAAGGGGGGACCUGGAAGGACCCUUUGGCACAGGGCAGUAAGGAGGGAAGUCGGGACCCUCCAGCACAGAACACUGAGGAGGGGAGACAGAGGGACACCCCGGCACAGGGCGCCAAGGAGGGGAGCGGGGGCGACCCUCCGGUGGAUGCUGUGAAGGCAGAGUGCCCCAAGAACACUCCCGCAGACCCCCAGAAGGACGACUUGCCGUGCUGUGCCCUGGGCUGGCUCUCGGCGGUCUACGAAGGGGUCCCUCAGUGCCAGUGCAGCCUCGCCAAGGGCCAUCGGAAGGCCAAGCCCCCCAAGAGGAAAAGAGAGCGCCCCCCGCCCUCGCAGGACGCCUCGAGGCACAAGCAGGGAGAGGGGCCCUCGGCGAAGGACGGCCCUCGCCACCGCAGUCCUCUGGCGCGUCUGGACCGGAAAAGACCCUUCGUGGGGCCCACCGCGCCCCGGGAGCCCAGAGAGCCCCCGGAGCCCAGGGAGACCCCCGCGCCCAGGGAGCCCCCAGAGCCCAGGGAACCCCUCGAGCCCGCACCCUCCCGGGGGCUCCCGGGCAAGGGGAAGCCGCUGGCCGGCGAGCUGGCCCGGAGCCCCCCAGAGGCCCCUCCGAGGAAGCAGCCCGUGCCCGGGCCGCAGCUGCCCAGGGCCAAGGGGGGCUUCCUGCCCCGGAGGCCCAAGGAGCAGCCCCCCAGCGCGGGGCCCAGGAAGCUGCUGCCCAAGGCGGCCGGGGCCGACCACCGGGCCUGGGACAAAAGGAAGUCAGAGGGCGCAGGCGGCCUGGACGCUGCCCCCAAGAGGAGGCGGGUGGACGGGCCGGGGCAGGGCCCGGCUGCAGGCCCCGCGGGGGGCGGCGGCUCCGGUAAGACCCCGGGGGGUGCGAGCCUUCCCCGGGAGGGGGGUCGCGGGAAGGAGAAGCCGCAGGCCAGGGCCCCGGGCGCGGACAGGUCCCCCCCGCGGGCCCCGAGGCCCGCGUCCCCCGGCCCCGCGCGCGGCCACAAGCACAAGGAGGCCCCCGCGGCCAAGAGGGAGCCGGGCCGGGCGGCGCCGCGGGACAGGCCGGGGAAGGGCGCGGCGCCCCGCCAGGAGCCCGGGUCCGACCCCGCCCGGGACCCCGCCCAGGACCCCGGCGGCCCGCGCAAGCGCUACCUGAACCGCGUGGGCUUCCAGUGCACGGCGCGCCAGAGCAUCUGCCUCACGCAGCUGGACCCGCCGCGGAGGCCGCGGGACGCGGGUCCCGGGAUGCUGGAGUUCAAGCUGUGCCCCGAGGCGCUGAUCCCCCAGGCCGGGUCCGCGUCCGGCUCCAGGUCCGAGCGGGCGGCGCCGCAGCCCGGGCCCCGCCGGGAGCAGGAGCCCGCGCAAGUGUCCGCGAUCCGGAGCACCAAGGAGGACUGGCUGAAGGGCGCGGCGGGGGCCGGGCGGCCGGACGCGGCGCGGGGCGCAGGCGGCCGCCCCGCGCCGCGCCUGCCCCGCCGGUCGCUGAGCUCGGACGCGCGGCCCGGGGGGCUCCAGGCCAUGUUCCAGACCUACCGGCGCCUCUACCUGGAGAAGCGCAGCCGCAGCCUCGGCGGCCCCGGACACGCGCCCUGACGACGCGACGGCGACGGCGACGACGCACCGCGAGGCCACGCGGCGCCUCCGGCCGCUUCCGGCCGCGCCCGCCCUCCCCAGCCGCGAGGUGACGCGGCGGCGCUUCCGG